AGGUGGCGGUAACGCACCUCUAAAGAAGAAGAACAAGAAGCCUGGAGAAGCGGGGAAGAAGAUCCCGGUCGGUGGUGUUGCAAUAGAGAAACAGGAGCUGCUCUGUUAAAGAAUCACCUCCUGUUGCAAGUCAUCUGCUGCUCCUAAUGUCCACUUUUCUGCACAGUUCAAAUAUACUUCAACAACCACCUCAAGAAGGUGUCACAAUGUUGUCAUCAGAGGAAAUUAAAUGUGAGAAUGUGGUGUCUGAAAGCUCCAAUACUCAGGAAACCUCCUCUGCUAAUCUCGAAAGUAACACCUCGCUCAGACGACCACGAAAAUCUAAAGGAAAAGAGAAGACUCACAAGUGCUCGGAUUGUGGGAGGAGCUUUACUGCAGCAAGCGAUCUCAGAAAGCAUCAGCGCAUUCACACUGGAGAGAAACCAUUUCAGUGCUCAGAGUGUGGACAGAGAUUUAGAGUGAGUUCUAACCUCAGAACACACCAACAUAUUCACACAGGAGUGAAACCAUUUAAGUGCUCAGAGUGUGGACAGAGUUUUAAUCUACAGAGCACUCUACAGCAACACCAGCGCAUUCACACUGGAGAAAAACCCUAUCAGUGCUCAGAUUGUGGGAAGAAUUUUAGACAUAAAGGUGCGCUUAGAAUUCACCGGCGCAUUCAUACAGGAGAGAAACCAUAUUAUUGCUCAGAGUGUGGUAAGAGUUUUACUACACAAAGUGAUUUUCAAAAACACCAGCGCAUUCACACCGGAGAGAAACCGUAUAAGUGCGUGGAGUGUGGGCACAGUUUUAAUCAAAAAAUUAAUCUUCAGAAACACCAACGCAUUCACACUGGCGAGAAACCCUAUCAGUGCUCAGACUGUGGACACAGUUUUAGUCAAAAGAUAAAUCUUCAGAAACACCAACGCAUUCACACUGGAGAGAAACCAUUUCAGUGCACAGAGUGUGGACAGAGUUUUAAUCGACACUAUCAUCUCCAAUCACACAAGCUUAUUCACACAGGAGAGAAACCGUUUAAGUGCUCAGAAUGUGGGAAGAGUUUUAGAGUGAUUAAUUCUCUCAAAACACAUCAACUUAUUCACUCUGGAGAGAAACCGUAUCAGUGUUCAGAAUGUGGGAAGGGUUUCAGAUCGAGUAAUGCCCUCCGCAUACACCAUCGCAUUCACCUAGGGGUGAAACCGUAUUAUUGCUCAGAAUGUGGGAUGAGUUUUAGAGUGGGUAAUGCCCUCAGAAAACAUCAAAGCGUUCACACAGGAGAGAAACCACAUAAGUGUUCAGAAUGUGGGAAGAGUUUUAGAGCUAAUCAUGCCCUAAAAGUACACCAGCGCAUUCACACAGGAGAGAAACCGUAUCAGUGCUCAGAAUGCGGAAAACAUUUUAGGGUGAACAAUGCCCUAAGAGCACACAAGCGCACUCACACUGGAGAGAGGCCGUAUCCGUGUUCAGAAUGUGGACAGAGUUUUAGAGCGCGUAAUGCCCUCCUUGUACACCAGCGCAUUCACACAGGAGAGAAACCGUAUCACUGCUCGGACUGCGGGAAGGACUUUCGACAUUCAAAUUUCAGAAAACAUAAAUGCAUUAAGAAAGAUACAAAAACUUAAGGCUUCUUUUUCUUCCCCUGGUCGCUUUAACCUGCUAGACCAGAACUUUGUGGUGUGGAGUUGAGUGUUCUGCUCUCAAUCUGGGAAUUUGUGGGACUUUUUUUUUUUUUAAGAGACACUGCAUAAGACGGAGUUUGUGUUAUAUAAAUGUAUAUAAUCAAAAGACACCUUCACAUUCAGGAGAUAAACUGUAUCAGCGCUUGAACUGUGUACGGAACUUCCACCACUCAAAUUUUAAGACCUAGUAUAACCUAGUAUAUGUUCUGUUUUUAUGAUGAACAUAAAACAAUAGAAGUAAUGCAAUACACUGUAUAUACAGUUAAACUGAUGACCGUAUGUUCUCUGAUGUCGAGGAUGUAUUACUGCAAGUGUCAAACAUGGAAAUGUGUAAAAAUAUUUGUCUCCCCAUUGUAUAAUAGUUGGACGAAAAUAUGCAUUUGAUUAAUUGUAGUUGACUACAAAUAUGGUAAACAUAGAUUCUCUUUUUGCCAGAUUGUCUUCUUCAUGAUGUGAAAAAUGCACGCACCUGGGAUUUCUAAAUUGUGUAAAAUGUUGGGUUUUCACACUGAUUAUACAUUAGUGUUUGUUGCUACAGACAGCAUUCAUUCUGUGUGCAGAUUUCUACAGGCUUUACAUGUCUGUGUCCUACCUUUUCCCCGUCACUGUUGGGAUAUAUGUACAGUGUUAUAUAAAAUUUUCAUGAUAUUCCCUUAUAAAUCAUUGGUUGUUCAGAUCAGAAAUUUCAGUUAAAUAUAUCACAUAGCAGAUUAACACAGAUAUAUUUGUGAAUAUAUCUUGUGUUGUGAAUAUAUUGAUGUCAUUUUUCUGUUGGGUGCCCAAAUUUAUGCACCUGCCUAAUUUAGAUUAAAGAAUUAUUGCACAUUUUCUGUAAAUCCUAUAAACUUCAUCUGCUAUAUGAUAUGAUAUAUUUAACUGAAAUUGCUUAAUCCGAACAACCAAUGAUUUCUAAAGGAAAAUCAUGAAAAUGAUCAUGGGUGCCCAAACUUUUUCAUCCAACUGUACCAACAUGGACACCCUUUUAUUUUAGAAAAAGGGAAAACAGCAGGUAAUGGGCUUAUCUUUUAGGCUCUGUCUGGAACAUGCCUGCAAUCCUGAAAGCCUGCAUAUUUCUUUUCUGAAAUAAAAGGAUCUUCUGCUAUUUUUAACUCAUCGUUUACUUUGGUCACACUGUAUAAAUCCAGCCUUCCUACCAACCCUAAUGGUCCACAUUCGUAUUCCUCAAUCUUGGUCCUGGUGCCCCUGUCUUUAAAACGGCCCUGCACCACUGAAAGGGCUUGCUAAUGAGCUGAUUUGUUGAAUCAGGUGUGUUGGAAGCAUGAGACGUGACUGGGUGCAGUCCUGACAGAAGAAUCCUCAGAAUACUGUCUGAGCAUUUCUUAUGUUUCAGAAGAAGAAAUUGAGAAGAAAACACUAGUCUUGAGAAACACUAGGAUUGAAAAACACAAGUCUUACAUUAGGGGUGUCCAAAGUCUUGUCCUCGGGCCAAAUGCAACCCACAGACAGAUAUUAAUUGACCCAUGGCAUCCCAUUUAAGAAUAGUGGCAGAAUGACGUUGCACCACUGUGUUACAGAAGUUAGCUGAAAUAAAAAGCCAUUAGUGAAUAAGCAAAUAAAAUGUGUCUUCCAAUCUGUUUUACACUACUAAUAUAUAAUGCUAUAGCAUUUUUAUUUAAAAUAUAAAAAACUGAAUUUAAUAAUGAAUAUGUAUUGUUGUGUAAGUUAGCUUUCUCAUAAUUUGGAUGCAAUAUUAAUAAUAAUUUCUGAAUGUUUUUUUGAGAAAGUUAGUUAUUCUGAUGUUCCAUCCGGCCCCCUUGAAAUACGUUUGGACACCCUUCUUUUACCUCAUUACCCAUUCAUACAUGCACAUAUUUCCAAUAACAAGCAAAAGCUUCCCAACACAGCUGAAUUGAUCAUAAAUUAAAAAUACCUAAAUGCAAGUGUAAAUAAACACAAUUCAAAUUGA